UUCGCCAAACAGUUAUGUACAUGUUUGCAAAUAUGGCCGCCUCUGUGUAGCGGUAUACGUCAGUUCGGUGAUAAAAUUCAGUAUUAACAUACGUGUAUAUCUUAAAAACUGUGAAAAAAGAUCGGAUAACAGUGCCAAAUUAAUUCAGAUUCCACGAUGAGUGAAGGAGAGAAUGUUAAAGUGGCUGUCAGGGUGCGACCAUUCAAUGGGCGUGAGAAGGAGCGCAAUGCCACCCUUAUUAUUGAAAUGAGUGGUGCUCAAACUAAAAUAACAGACCCGUCUGGUGCGAAUGAGGAAAAGAAGUUUACAUUCGACUUCAGCUAUUGGUCACAUGAUGGCUGCAAGGAUGACGGCUCCGGAUAUUUUGCACCGGACACUUCCCAUUCCAAUGGAAAGAAAUUUGCAGACCAGCAAAAAGUGUUUAAUGAACUUGGUGUAGGUGUACUGAAGAAUGCCUGGGAAGGUUACAACUCAACAUUGUUCGCCUAUGGACAGACAGGAUCUGGCAAAAGUUGGUCCAUGGUCGGCUAUGGAGUUAACAAAGGUAUUGUUCCUCUGUACUGUGACAUGCUUUUCAAGGACAUUGCCAAGAAAAAGGAAGAAGGUGCAAAAGAACAGUUUGAGGUAACAUUCAGUAUGUUGGAAAUUUACAAUGAAAACUGUAGAGAUUUGUUGGACUCCAGUGGCAAGAAAGCUGCUCUUAGAGUCAGACAACAUCCAAAAUCUGGAUUUUAUGCCGAUGGUCUGAAUGAGGUGCCAGUUGGUAGUUACGAAGAAAUUGAACAGAGGACAGCUGAAGGUACACGAAACAGAACUGUUGCCUCAACAAAAAUGAACGCCACCAGCAGUCGUGCUCACACCAUUGUAUGUAUCAAGUUCAUCCAGAAGUCAGUGAAUGAUGCUGGAGAAGAAAUGGCUAAAUCUUCUGAGGUCAACUUGGUCGAUCUUGCUGGAAGUGAGAGAGCUGAAAGUACCGGUGCCACUGGUGACCGUCUCAAAGAAGGUGCCGCUAUUAACCAGUCAUUGUCCAGUUUGGGUAACUGUAUCGCAGCUCUUGCGGACCAAGCUGGUGGCAAAAACACACGAGUGCCUUACAGAAACUCUGUACUUACUAAACUGUUGAAGAAUGCCCUUGGUGGAAACAGUAAAACUAUUAUGAUUGCUGCGUUGAGUCCUGCUGAUAUCAACUAUGAUGAAACUUUGUCCACCCUUAGAUACGCUGAUCGUGCCAAGCAGAUUAAAUGUUCUGCCAAGGUUAACGAGGAUCCGACUGCCGCACUGAUCCGAGAACUGCAAGAAGAAAACGAAAAGCUCAAGCAGAUGUUGGCAACAGGCAAAGUGGACGUGUCUCUCAUGGAAGGGGACGAUACUGCUGACAUGACUGAUGAAGAGAGAGCCGCCAUGAAGAACGAGCUGAAAGAAGAAUAUGAGAGUAUGUUAGAGAAGAACAAGAAGGACAUGGACAAUAUGGAAGCUGAAUUCCAGAAACGUCUCGAGGAAGCCAAGCUCACGAGUGACUAUGGAUCUAUAGCUGAGAUUAAUGAGAAGAAGAAGAAGCACCCACAUUUGUAUAACUUGAACAUGGACCCACAGAUGACUGGUAAAAUUAUACAUUUUAUCAUCGAGGAUGACUGUACAAUCAUAGGAAACGGGAAGGGUGAAGGAACCGACCUCACUCUAAGAGGUGGCAGCAUCAUUGAUAUUCACUGUAAGAUCAACCAUAAAGAUGGUGUGUUCACACUGGAGACAUUCCCGAACGCUCGUACAUUACGUAACGGUAAAGCCGUCACAAAUGAGACCAAAACACUGAAACAUCAUGACCGUUUGGUGUUCGGUACAACCCAGUUUUUUGUGUUCGCAAAUCCCUUGGAUACCUCUGGAUGCAAAGUAGAAGAACCGACAUUUGAAAUGGCCCAGGCAGAGAUUGCCACGAAAUCUGGUGGAUUUGACAUGUCUGGUGCAAACAAAUCCAGAGAGGAGGCCCUUCUUCAGCAAGAGUUACUGGAGAUCAUGCCAGCUGUUGAGGAAGCAAACAGUGUAUCAGAGGCUCUUGGUAAAAAGAAGAGAUUUGAUCUGAUGAUUGUAUCUCCCGAGGCUCGAGGGGAGUUAAAUGGCAGAACAGAGGUGAUGGUGAAGAUGACAUGCACAGACACAAAGCAUGAAUGGAUUUGGGAUAGAAACAAAUUUAUUGACAGAAAAUGCAUUAUGUCUGAAAUGAUGGACAAGUAUGAAGAUGGGCUUGAAUGGCAAGUUCCACAGGAUAAAGAUCCAUUUUAUGAUGAUCCCAAAGCAGAUUUCCACAUUGGCAGUGUUAAAAUGUGGUUACAAUCUGUGUCCUAUAUGAUUGAGUCCAAUGAAACUCUAGAUGUCACAGAUUUUAAAGGUUCCCCUGUUGGCAAAAUGAGUAUUGGUGUUUUCCCAUGUGAUCCUAAAGGAAAGGAAUUCACAGAAAAGGAUGAUAAAUUUGUUGAAGAUCCAAAUGCUCUUGUUGGCAAGAAUAUUGACUUUAAGGUGAAGAUUGUCAAUGCAAGAGGACUACCAAACAAAUAUACAGAUGUCUACUGUAAAUAUAAAGUUUAUUUGGAAGACAAAUUCACACAGACCAAAGCUAUCAAAGAUACAACUAACCCGGAUUUUAAUCAUGAAAGAGUGGUCUCCAUGCAAGGAACUCAAGAGAAUGUAGAUUUUUUGAAGACAGGUGCAUUUAUUGUACAAAUCUGGGGUAAACAGAAAGAUCAAAAACCAAAGGCAGGUAACAAACUCAAGAUGGCUGCUGCAGGAGGACAAGGUUUACAUGUGGUUAACACAAACCAACAGAGAUUUGAUCCAGAAAAGGUGAAAUACAUGAUGGAAGUCACUGCAUUGAAAAAGAGACAAGAAAAAAUGGAGCAUAAACUUACCCACAUGAGAAAAAUGAUUGAGGUAGCUGAGGAGCAUCAGAAACGUAAAGUAUCAACAAAGUUGAUCAAGGACAUUUACAAUGCACCUACCAAUGACCAGGCCGAGAAGUGUAUAGCUCUUAUACCUCUGGAGAAAGGUAGGAAACAGUGAUUCGGAUGAUGAAGAUGGUGACGGGGGAGGAGAU